CCAAUAACAUUUUCCAUUUUGAUCCCUUUGCACUUUUGCUCCCAAGAUAUUUAUUUUUAUAUUCAGAAAAUACAAAUAUCUUUCCCAGUUGCCCAGAUUCUCGAGUCCACCCCUCCAACCCAUUCAACGGUCACAUUACUCUCCGUGACAGACCAAUCCCUGAUUCCCACGCCUCGGCAUCAUCCCUACGAAAAUGCUCGCCAUUUACGACUUCGGCAGUUCCUUCCUCCGUUACCGCCGUCCGUCAAUUCUCUCUCCAUAAAACCAGAUAAAUUUGAUUCUAUUUUCUUUUCCUUUUUUUAUUAAUUCGCCCCCAAUUCAAAAAGCUAGAGAUUGAUUGAAAAAUCGAAUAUUAUCGAUAAAUAUCUAGCUAUAUAUAUGUGUGUAUGUAUGUAUAUGGAUCGUAAGUACAGUUGAGGUCGGAGUGGUGGAGUUGGAUCGGAGCAUGGAGAACACGUCACGAGCCGUAAAGAAGCAUUUGAAACGAAGCGGCGGCGGCGGCGGAGGCGGAGGAAGCCGUUUCAGUGGCGGGAGGAAGCAAUACGAGAGUGAGAAGGAAGAGGGAGAGGAAGUCGGCGGCGAGGAGUGCGAUCAGGAGGCGUGGGAGACGCUGAGCCAGAGUUUCCGUGAUGUUCAGACGGUGCUGGAUCAGAACCGGACUCUGAUUCAGCAGGUCAACGAGAACCACCAGUCGAAGCUUCCAAAUAACAUCGCCAGGAACGUGGAUCUGAUUCGCGAGAUCAACGGGAAUAUCUCCAAAGUCGUCGGAAUGUAUUCCGAUCUCUCCGGAAAUUUCUCCGGCAUCGUUCACCAGCGCCGCUCCGGAGGCCGGGAACAGUAGCCACGACACCGUACCGAUCCAGUCCUCACUGGUCAACUCACUUUUCUUUCAGUUUUACGCUUUAAAUUAAGGUCUUCGAGUCUGCAGGUAUAUAUAUAUAUAUAUCUGUACUAGUCCAUUGUUUCUUAUCUGAAUAAGGUUACGUUGUUGAAUUGUUGUAUAUCGUCCAACACUGUUCGUUCAAUUUGGACGGUAAAUCAGUAAAUGUGAUGCUCCAUUGUACGUCUGAUCUUCUGUGUAAUCUUAUUGAUGUUUGUUU